AUGCCUUCCAUCCACUGGGACAGAAUGUUUGUUGGAAUUACCUGUUGUGUAGUGACUGUGACCCUUUGGGCACUGUGUAUUUGGGAACUCCUCAGGUUUAAAGCAGUUAAUUUUUGUGACGACAGUACCAGCGCAGUGAACAUUUCUGCAAGCAAUAGAAAACCCCUUACUUUUGAACGGAUCACAGUGGGUAAGUAUGGCAACUCCAAAGAAAAAUGUGAACCCGAUGCUGUGAAUGGUAAUGCUUCAAUAACAAUCCAGAUGUGCUCCAGAGAAGGGAAAAAUCCUACUUUAAAGCCCCACCAAAUUCUGAAUUGUAAUGAAAAUCUGGACUCCUUAGUAUCACAGUACAUAGCCUUCACUAAAUGGUUGAAACUAAUAUAUAAUAUUAGCAGUAGCUAUUUCAAAUGCCACCUCACAAAAACAGUGGAGGAAUUUUCUUUGACUGGCAACAUCUCACAGCCCAAUGUUGCAAUCCAGUCUGCUCCACUGCAAUUAAGAUCCUCUAUGUUUCUGGUUUUGGCACAGAGAAAUACAGCACUGGGAAAGUGCCAGUCAACAAAACUAGAAAUACAGGAAAAUGUUCCUGGGCUUCUUAGUGACCUCAGUAAUGAAGUUCAGAUACUGUUCAACAUUUUAAGUUCAUCAGACAAUGGAAGUGUUGGAUUUGUCCUGUAUCAAAACCACAAACUCAUCCAGUCAAGGAUUUAUCAGAGUUGCAAUAGUUUGUCUAAACAAAUCAUCUCUGGCAACAUUGAUGGCGAAAGAACGAGCAGUGUUAUAAUAGCCUUUGGUCCCAAGUACAACACAUCUGAACUGCAGCUGCGUGAUCAUGCCCGUGUCUUUUGGGACUACUCUGCCAAUGACUGGAGCACUGCCGGCUGUGCAAAAGGAAGAGACCAGUUCUUGAGAUGCAGGUGUAAUCACACGACUAAUUUUGCUGUCCUGACGGCGUUUCAGAUCAAAUAUAAAUACGCAAAGCCUUUGGAGUAUAUUUCUUAUAUUGGUCUUGAUUUGUCCAUGGCUGGCCUGAUUGCUACCACUUAGUUUCAAAUAUUCACUAGGAAAACUCUAAAGUCAUCUGUAACAUGAAUGUUAGCGAGUCUCUGCUUAAUGCUCAUUUUUAACAUAAUCUUCAUCUCUGGAAUUGAAAAUCAUAAUGCCAGGAAUCACAGCAGUGAUACCACCAGCUACCACCAGCAAUACCUUCCUUAUGAUAACACCAGUAACACCUUACUCACUUCUGACACGGUAGAUCCUCCCACAGACUCCUGGUGUACAGCUGUGGCUGUCCUACUGUGCUAUUUUUUCUUGGCAACAUUUACGUUGACCGCACUCAAUUCUGCACAAUUGUACUUAUUGUGGCUUAGAGCCACGAAGCCGCUGCCUGGACAUUUCUUUGUAACCAUGUCAGUAAUUGGAUGGGCACUGAAACCAAUAGCUUGGUCACUGGCACAGCAGCACAGGUCUGCUGUGUGCAGGAGACAUUUUCACAGUAAUCAGGGCAUUAAACAAUCUAUUUCUGCCAAGAAUAAAAAGGAUUCACUAAUGAAAAAUAUGAUUAGCACUAUCUCUACAUUUGUAGUGCUCAGAAUCACCUGGAUGAUAGGCUACCUCAUGUUAAUGAGUCAUGAAAAAACAAGUCUUGUUUUCAGCUGUCUGUUUUACAUUUUGAAUGCUACUCAGGUAAAGUAUUUAGCAAUUCUGAGACUAAUAAUUGAGAUAAAAAACCAAAUCAGAUUUAUUUGUUCUAUAGCUUGGCGGACAAGCUCCGAACGCAAUGAAUGUGUGUGUGUGAAUAGUAGCGAACGCCUAGAAGUGACUAUUCCAGGAUGA